GUGCCAAAGAUCGUGUAUAUUAAAUAAUUAAGUGAUAUAAAUUUGCAGAUAGCUUCCAGAAUGGAAUUCACCAAUGUUAAAUGCACAAGUUUUGAUAAGGAGUUCACCGAGUUUGAAUAUUGCUAUCUCAAGUCGGUAAAUCGGAGCUAUAAGUAUCUAUCGCUUAAGUGCAAUCUACUUCAAGCUCCAGUGACUAAAAUAAAAGUGAAUGUUGCUUUCUUCAAGCGAUUUAGUGGCUAUAGGCCCUUUAUGUACAAUGUCACAGUGGACUUCUGCAGAUUCCUGAAAAACCCCAGUUCGAAUGCAUUUGUUAACUUUUGGUACCGUAUGGUUGUUGACUACUCUAAUAUCAAUCACACGUGUCCCUACAACCGCGAUAUACGCGUGGAAAAACUUCCGAUCGGUGUUGUGAAUUUCCAGAUGACAGAAGUGCUGCCCUUUCCUGAAGGAGAUUACUUGAUCGAAUCCACUUGGAUUGCUUACGACAUUAAGAGAGUCGAGGUGAAAUUCUAUGGCUCUCUAUUCUAAACUGAUGCUUUAAAUAAGAAUUUAUAUGGUAAAAGGGGCUAUUCAGGGAUAAUUUUUCUCAGUGCUUUCCACCACUUUGUGCUGUGUGCUUUGGCUUUAAUGUUUGGCGAAGAAGUGGAGCAAAAGACUCACACCUUGCCCCUUGUUAGCCCAUUUU